AAUUAUAAUAUAAUAUUAUAAAAUGAACCUUAACCAUAUUGCUAAGAAGCCAUUUUGGGAUUUAUUCUAUAAGACUCCGUGCAUGUCUCAGAUGGUCAGACUUGCAUUUAAUGACGCCAUCAGGUACAACUCUUCAGCCGCCACCGGAGGCGCGAACGCCUCGAUUAGGUUCGAAAAUGCACUUAAAAGAGUUGAAAAUACAGGACUUGAAUUUGCAAUGCAGCAGGUCGUCGCCAUGAAGACUGACGGAAAUCACAUUACUGCAGAGCUGAGUCUUUCAGACUUAAUCCAGCUGGGUGCUUAUGCUGCUCUUGAAUAUUGAGAAGGACCAGUUAUUAACUUCAAAAUGGGUAGAGAAGAUGCUGAAAAGGAAGAAGUUGAUGAUGCUGCACUCAUGGAUCCAACUAACGCUGUCAGAUCACAAUUCACAGCCUCAGAACUUUCAGACGAUGAGAUUGUCGCUUUGAUGGGAAGAAGAACUUUAGGAUUCUUGCCUCCAGAAGAUGAAUAUCAUGGUAAAUGGGUCCAAAAUCCAUAUGUAUUUGAUAAUACUUACUUCAAAGAAUUAUUAAACGAAAAGUCAAGAUAUAUCAAACUUGAUGAUGAUAGGAGCUUGCUUGAUGACCCUGAUUUUAAAAGGUAUGUAGAAGUAUUUGCUGAAGACGAAGAAAUAUUCUUCCAGACCUUCGCUCGUGCAUUCAAUAAAGUUUCUGAGUUUGGACAAGAAGACAAGUUGCUUUCUGAGAUCUAAAUAUUCUCCUCAAAAUAAAUAACUAAAGAGCAAUUUAGUAUA